AGGCGUCCCAGCCCCGCACCUGGAACGCCUUCCUUCCUAUAUAGUAUUACCACACCAGUGCUGCUGAUCCUGUCUCGGCCUGCCUCUUUGCCACAAAUCCCAGUUCGCCGGAGAGAAAACUGACUGGAAGAUGUCAACCUCUGAGGUUUUGGAUUUCGCUUUAAGAAUUGGAGGCAACAUUAAGAAGAAAGAUGUUCAAUCUGCUGUUCAACAGUAUGAAAAUUAUCAUGACUCUUAUGGAGGGGAAGAAGAAUUCAGAAAAGCAAACUACUCUGAUAUGGUAAACAAGUAUUAUGAUCUUUCCACUAGCUUCUAUGAGUUUUAUUGGGGGGAAUCAUUGCACUUUGCUUCUAGAUGGAAAGGAGAGUCUUUGCGCGAAAGCAUUAAAAGGCACGAGCACUUCCUUGCGCUGCAAUUGGCAUUGAAACCUGGGAUGAAGGUCCUAGAUGUAGGCUGCGGAAUUGGUGGGCCUCUACGUGAGAUUGCUAGAUUCAGCUCAACAUCCAUUACAGGGUUGAACAACAACGAGUAUCAGAUCUCAAGAGGAAUGGAGCUCAACGGCUUAGCAGGAUUAACUAAAUCAUGUGAAUUUGUCAAGGGUGACUUCAUGAAAAUGCCAUUUUCUGAUGACACGUUUGAUGCAGUCUAUUCAAUUGAAGCAACUUGCCAUGCUCCAGAUGUGGUUGGCUGCUACAAGGAGAUCUACAGAGUGUUAAAGCCUGGUCAGUAUUAUGCCGUGUAUGAGUGCUGCUUGACUGACCAUUACAAUCCGAAUAAUGAAAGUCACAAAAAAGUCAAGGCUCAAAUCGAGCUUGGAGGUGCACUUCCUGAUAUUAGAACUACAAGACAAUGUCUUGAUGCUUUGAAAAAAGGGUUUGAGGUUAUAUGGGAGAAGGAUCUUGCAUGCGAUUCUCCUGUACCUUGGUAUUUGCCUCUGGAUACAAGUCAGUUUUCAAUAACUAGCUUUCGUAUGACAGCUUUUGGCCGGUUUAUUACGAGAAUUAUGGUUAAGAUAUUGGAAUUUGUCAGAAUUGCCCCAGCAGGAAGCAGCAGAGUUACAUCAUUUCUUGAAAAGGAAGCUGACGGGGUUGUGGCAGGUGCAAGGAUGGAGAUCUUCACACCAAUGUACUUCUGUUUGGUGAGGAAGCCUCUUUCAGAUCAUUGAGAAAGACAUAACUAUGAAGCAUGUAGUUUGUUAAGUGAGUUUAUGGUUAUGCUUCAGCAUGUAUUUUGUUAAGUGACUUUGUGGUUCUGCUGUAGCAAUAUGUAUGUUAAGUGAGUUUCUGGUUCUGCUCUAGCAUGUAUUUUGUUAAGUGAGUUUCUGGUUCUGCUCUAGUAUGUAUUAUGUUAAGUGAAGUUUUAAUUCUGCUCUAGCGUUUGGAAAAAGUAUUAACAAUGCAAGUCAGAACUUUUUAAGCUCUUAGAAACGUAUUGAAAAUCUAGUGUAAAAUUUCCUUC